AUGGGGAAUAUAUGUUUUUUUAAAUAUUUUGAAGGAAAAGAACCUUGUGCCCCACCCAAGAUCCUAGAUGCUAAAGUGGAGGAGAGUUCUGAAGUACCUAUUUUAGAAGACACAUCAUCAUCACCAACAGAUGUUCAACAGCAUUUAUGGCAGGUUUCCACAGAUAUUGAAAACACUGAAAGAGAUAUGAGAGAAAUGAAAAACCUUUUAAGUAAACUCAGGGAGACUAUGCCUUUACCACUGAAAAAUCAAG